AUGGAGGUGGAGGGCUGGGACUCUGGUCUGGAGGAGGAGCUGGGUGUGUCUCUGGAGGAGCUGAGUAAGUGGAUAGAGGAGGAGGUGGAGAGGAGCGAGGCAGUCCGCCAGAGGAAGGCCCAGCUUGCUGAGCUCAAGGAAUGGGUGGAGAACAAAGAGAAGGAAGAGGAGGUGGUGGACAAACUCUUCAACAACGCCAACCAGUGAGUGUGUGUGGGGGGAUGAUCAUUAUGUUUUGUUUGUUUCUCUCUCAGGUCCAUAGUAGAGUGGAAGACUUUAGGGAGAUGUGAAAGAUGUUGAUGUUUGUGUUGAUGUUUGUGUGUUUCUCCUGUGUGUGUGUGUGUGUCAGGUCUAUAGAAGAAUGUGAGGCCCGGCUUACUGUAAAAUAGGACUGGUGUGUGCGUGUUAACGUCUGUGUGAUUCUCUCCAUUUGUGUGUGUGUGUGUGUGUCAGGUCCAUAGUGGAGUGUGAGGCUCUGGUGAAGUCCACCUACAGUAAGAUGGGGCUGGUCUACAAGGAGAGCUCUUCAGAGGAUGAGGGCGGAGUGGGAGGGGCUCUGUCCUCUGAUGUAAUAGAAAUUGACGAUGAUGAUGACGAUGAUGAUGUCAUCGCUGUGGGCUUACGUACGUACUGACAUUUACUCCCAGUGAGAUAAACAAUAUGUUUAUCAAAGGAAACCUGUCCAGAAGGGCAGCUCCAGUAUAAAACACAGGAGCGAAUGUCUAACCUUGUUUCUUUCCUGUCUCUUCUCUGACCUCUUUCCUCUCACAGUGGUUCCACCCAAGAAACCUGGGAUACCUGUCCAGGAUGCAAUGGUGAGAACAGAGAAUUAGUCACACACACACGCGUGUUAAUUGAAUGUGUAUUAAUUGACCCUGUUAUCUACAGCUUUCCAGUGUUCCUCCCAGCCGGUGUUGAAGCUCAUCCUCUCUCUCUUCCUCCCUGUCUCUCUUCCUAUCUGUCUCUCUUCCUAUCUGUCUCUCUUCCUCCCUGUCUCUCUUCCUCCUGUCUCUCUUCCUAUCUGUCUCUCUUCCUAUCUGUCUCUCUUCCUCUCUGUCUCUCUUCCUCCCUGUCUCUCUUUCGCUUUCUCUCCCUUCCCUGUCUCUCUCUCUCUCUCUCUAUCCCUUCCUCACUACCCCCCCCCCCAUACAUACACAGGUGGUAGGUGAAAGCCAGAAAUAAGUUUGAACAAUAUCCAUAUGUAUGUGUUAAUUAUGUUUGUGUGUGCGCGUACGUGUGUCCUGCAGUUUAAGGAGGCGUCGGCAGCGCUCCAGCGUUCCUCCCAGCAGGUGUUGAAGCUGGCCCAGACAGUCAACAAAAACCCUUCUUCCGGCCCUGCUAUACAACAGCCAGGUAAUAGCACAAAUGUGCCAUUCUAUAUGUCUGUGUGAUUGAUGUAUUCCUCCGGGUCACUAGGUGGCGUUCUCUCUUGUCUUUGUGUGUGUACAUACUGCACAAAAGUUCACAUGCGUUUUUUUUGUGUGUGUGUGUAGGUGGCCCGGUACCCAUGCCAGCGGUGUUUGUGUCCCAGGCCACACCCAGGAACACACCCACCCAGCCUAACCCCUCCCUGAAGGAUGAUGAGAUCAAACUGGAGAUGAGUCUUCUGGGAAAGAAACGCACCAAGACCUGGCACAGCGGAAUGCUCAUCGCCAUCAACCCUGUCGGUGAGACAUACAUACAUACACACACAGACCUCUCCACACACACACAGGGUGAAGUUUGACAUUAAGAAUGUGUGUGUUUGUAGGUAAUGGUUACAGUAAGUACAAGGUGAAGUUUGAGAACAAGGGGAAGAGUCUACUGUCUGGGAACCACAUAGCGUUUCACUACCACCCCACCCUGGAGAGGCUAUACGUGGGAGCCAGGGUGGUCGCCAAGUACAAGGACGGCAACCAGGUCUGGCUCUACGCGGGCAUCGUAGCAGAGAUGCCCAACAACAAGAACCGCAUGAGGUGAGAAGCUGUGUGUGUGUGUGUGUGUGUGAGCAUGUUUCAAAUAUCCUCUGUGUGUUUGGUGAAGGGUUGCGGAGGUGUUUCAACAGUUGUCUAUGUGUGUUUCAGGUUCCUGAUCUUCUUUGACGACGGUUAUGCCUCCUACGUGACCCUGCCUGAGCUCUACCCUGUCUGCAGACCAAGUAAGAACCCUCCUUUCUGUCUUCAUGUCCUCUCUUUCCUUCUCUUGAUCUCCUCUCUUUCCUGUCAAUCUGGUUUUGGGAUGUGACCAUAGCUUAUAAUCUUCACAUCUUCUCACUCUCCCCUACCCCUCUUUCUCCCCACCAUCAUCUUCUCUAUCUCUCCCCCAUCAUCUUUUCUCUUCCCCCCCUCACUCUCUCUCCUCCCCCAGUGAAGCGUACAUGGGAGGACAUAGAGGAUGCGUCGUGUAAAGACUUCAUAGAGGAGUAUAUAACCUCGUACCCCAACAGGCCCAUGGUGCUGCUGAAGGCAGGCCAGGUCAUCAAGACAGAGUGGGAGGGGACGUGGUGGAGGAGCAGAGUGGAGGAGGUGGAUGGCAGCCUCGUCAAGAUCCUCUUCCUGGUAUGAUGACAUCAUCACUGGGAUUUGAUUACCACCAAACUUUACGUUAUUUAUAGUCUGAUGAUUUAACAUGAUGGUCACACCAUAUUUUAUUAACAGGGAUACCAUUGUAAAGUAUUUUAUUUGAGUUUCUUGUUUUGAAUCACGUUUUUAUACUACUUCAGCAGACUUGACACUCAACAAAAUAUGAAAAUAAGGUGGAUAAGAUAAAAAAGCAAUUGAAUGAAUGAAAGUGAUUCUCUGUGGUAAUCUAGUCUACUGUUUCUCUCCUCCAGGAUGACAAGCGUAGUGAGUGGAUCUACCGCGGUUCAACCAGACUGGAACCCAUGUUCAACCUGAAGACCAACUGUGCCAACACCCAGGAGAAGAAGAUGGCUGGCCAGCAGAGGACACGCCCCAACAUGGGUAACACUCCCUCUAGUCAAUCAAUCAAUUAACCAAUCAAUAUAUGGACAAACAAACCAAUCACUUCACCAAUCAAUCCAUCUUUAAUAACCCAGCGGGAUCACAUAUUAUACUGUACCUGAUGGAACCUUGGCCUGUCCUUCAUUGGAUAACUCUAAUCUCUACUUCAUUGGAUAACUCUAAUCUCUACUUCACCAUUUUAUCUGUGUCUCUGUAGGAGCAUUGAGGACCAAGGGCCCAGUGGUCCAGUAUCACAGUGGGGGGAACAGCACAACCCCCAGCGGGACCCCCACUAAUCCCUCCAUCCCCUCUCCCCACCCUCCUCCAUCCCUCCUACACCCUCCCAGCCCAAUCAGCCCGCACGAACAGAGUGAGUAACACACACACACAGAAUCACACAGUGUAAACCUUGUGACAUUCCUUGAAAAUCGACAUUCUCUCUCCCCCCUCGCUGCUACAUUUACCCCUUUUUCUCCCUGAUCGCUCCUCCCUCCCUCCUGUUCCUCUUCCUCUUUCUUUCUCUCUCCCCCCACCCCCUCAACAGUCCUAAGUAUCAGAUGGCUAAGAAGAGUACUUCUCCGUACGUUCCCCCUCAAGGAGGCUCUCGCUCUGGAUUGGCCAGUAAUAGCCACGCCCCUAAAGCCAUACAGCCCCAGCCUUCAACUGGUUCUCCUGGAAACUCAUCCAGGUGAGAGAGGGGGGACAGGAAAAUAUAUGAUCAUAAAAAUAAAAAAACAUAAUCUCUUACUAAACAGCCACACUCACAAAUAUGCAAAGUUUUAUAGGAAUCUAUUCAUAACUCUAUCUUCACUCUCCCGCUCCCUCUCCAGAAUGUAUGUCCUUCAGACUGGCAACAUCCAGACUCUCACGUCCCAACAGCCUAUGCAACACCAGCAGCAGUCCCUGCCCCCUCCUCCCCAAGCCCCUCCGACUGCCCCUGCACCCACAGUGACCCCAUACACCUUCAGUAACGACCGGAUUCCCCACGAGCCCUCGUACCGCGCCCCCACAGACCGCAUCUUCUACCUGCCUCACACCUGCCAGCCUGCCUGUCUCAACCGUAUCCGGCCCUCCAGAGCAGAUAUGCACCGGGGCAGGAACCCCCUGCUCACCCCUCUACUGUACGAGUUCAGACGCAUGACGGGGCGACGGAGAGUCAAUCGCAAGGUAAAGACAGAGAAAAAUAGCUUUGAGAAGUAUUUUAUCUUUCAGGAAGCACGGUUGGGAUCAUUAUAGGGGGGACAGAUUUUGGUAUUAACUAUCUCUCACCCCAAAUCCCCCCCUCCUCCCUCGUCAGAUGUCGUUCCAUGUGAUCUACAAGUCUCCAUGUGGGCUGUGUCUGCGCAGCAUGGCGGAGAUCCAGCGCUACCUCUUCCAGACGCGCUGUGACUUUAUCUUCCUGGAGAUGUUCUGCUUGGAUCCCUACGUCCUGGUCGACCGGCGCUUCCAGCCCCAGAAGCCUUACUACUACAUCCGAGACAUCACCAACGGCCGCGAGGACAUUCCCCUGUCCUGCGUCAAUGAGAUCGACGUCACACCGCCGCCCGAUGUGGCCUACAGUGAGGAGGAUGGGAGGGGGGAUUACUUAAUCAGUAUAUAGGCCUUGAGUUACUGUACAGGCCUCAAUCAAAUGAUUACCCAUCAGAGCCCUAGGUCUUCCUGUAUAGUUCGGGCCAAUGGUGGUGCGCUAGCUACACAACACUAAGCAAAAGGGAGUCAUUUGAUAUUCAGUUGAGAUGAAGUCAUAAAACUAGAAUAUUGGGAUGAAUGGGAUUAGUGAAGUUCUAAUUCUAUGGUGAAUACAGUGCCUUCGGAAAGUAUUCAGACCCCUUGACUUUUUCCAAAUUUUCUUACGUUACAGCCUUAUUCUAAAAUGGAUUAAAUAAACCCAUUUCCUCAGCAAUCUACACACAAUACCCCAUAAUGACAAAGCGAAAACCGUUUUUUUGAUAUUUUUGCAAAUGUAUUAAAAACAAAAAACGGAUACCUCAUUUACGUAAGUAUUCAGACCCUUUGCUAUGAGACUCGAAAUUGAGCACAGGUGCAUCCUGUUUCCAUUGAUAAUCCUUGCGCUGUUUCUACAACUUGAUUGGAGUCCACCUGUGGUAAACUCAAUUGAUUGUACAUGGUUUGGAAAGGCACGCCUGUCUACAUAAGAUUCCUCAGUUGACAGUGCAUGUCAGAGCAAAAACCAAGCCAUGAGGUCGAAGGAGUUGUCCUUAGAGCUCCAAGACUGGAUUGUGUCGAUACACAGAUCUGGGGAAGGGUAGCAAAACAUUUCUGCAGCAUUGAAAGUCCCCAAGAACACAGUGGCCUCCAUCAUUCAUAAAUGGAAGAAGCUUGGAUCCACCAAGACUCUUCCUAGAGCUGGCCGCCCAGCCAAACUGAGCAAUCGGGUGAGAAGGGCCUUGGUCAGGGAGGUGACCAAGAACCCGAUGGUCACUGACAGAGCUCUAGAGUUCCUCUGUGGAGAUGGGAUAACCUUCCAGAAGGAAAACCAUUUCUGCAGCACUCCACCAAUCAGGCCUUUAUGGUAGAGUGGCCAGACGGAAGCCACUCCUCAGUAAAAGGCACAUGACAGCCCGCUUGGAGUUUGCCAAAAGGCACCUAAAGACUCUCAGACCAUGAGAAACCAGAUUCUCUGGUCUGAUGAAACCAAGAUGGAACUCUUUGGCCUGAAUGCAAGGGUCAUGUCUGGAGGAAACCUGGCACCAUCCCUACGGUGAAGCAUGGUGGUGGCAGCAUCAUGCUGUGGGGAUGUUUUUCAGUGGCAGGGACUAGGAGACUAGUCAGGAUCAAGGCAAAGAUUAAUGGAGCAAAGUACAGAGAGAUCAUUGAUGAAAACCUGCUCCGGAGCGCUCAGGACCUCAGACUGGGGCGAAGGUUCACCUUCCAACAGGACAACGACCCUAAGCACACAGCCAAGACAACGCAGGAGUGGCUUCGGGACAAGUCUCUAAAUGUCCUUGAGUGGCCUAGCCAGAGCCCGGACUUGAACCCGAUCGAACAUCUCUGGAGAGACCUGAAAAUAGCUGUGCAGCGACGCUCCCCAUCCAACCUGACAGAGCUUGAGAGGUUAUGCAGAGAAGAAUGGGAGAAACUCCCCAAAUACAGGUGUGCCAAGCUUGUAGCGUCAUACCCAAGAAGGCUCAAGGCUGUAAUUGCUGCCAAAGGUGCUUCAACAAAGUACUGAGUAAAGGGUCUGAAUAAUUAUGUAAAUGUCAUAUUUCAUGAUUUUAUUUUUAUAAAUUAGCAAAAAUUUAUAAAAAACAGUUUUUGCUUUGUCACUAUGGGGUAUUGUGUGUAGAUUGAUGAGGGGAAAAAAACAAUUUAAUCAAUUUUAGAAUAAGGCUGUAACCUAACAAUGUGGAAUAAGUGUAAUUCCUGAAGACGUCAGUAACUGAUGGUUAUCUGUGUGUUACCAGGUAAGGAGCGUAUCCCUGAAGACGGAGUGUUCAUAAACACCAGUCCAGAGUUCCUGGUGGGCUGUGACUGUACCGACGGCUGCAGGGACAGGUCAGUACUAUCACUCUUGACCUUCUGACCCUUCUGUGACCCCUCAUCUGGGCUCUGUCUUCUGCAUGGCUUCCACUACAUAGAUUUCACCUGUCCAAUUGUUAAAUCAGUGAUUAACUCAUUUAGUCAAUUUAAAGUGUUGAAAUGGGGAUUGUGUGUAUGUGUUCUGCAGGUCCAAGUGUUCGUGUCACCAGCUGACCCUGCAGGCCACAGCCUGUACUCCUGGAGCACAGAUCAACCACGCUGCUGGAUACACACAAAAGAGACUGGAGGAGUGUUUGCCCACCGGGUGAGAGACAGACACACACAAACACACACACAGUCACAAAUACAGACGUCCCUCGUACUAAUCUCUCUCUCUCUCUCUCCUCCUCUCCUCUCUCUCAGGAUAUAUGAGUGUAAUAAGCGGUGUAAGUGUUGUAGUCAGAUGUGUAGUAACCGUCUGGUGCAGCACGGUCUGCAGGUGAGGCUGCAGCUCUUUAAGACCCAGAACAAAGGCUGGGGCAUCCGCUGUCUGGACGAUGUGGCCAAGGGAUCCUUCGUCUGCAUCUACGCCGGUACGUCACUAGCUGGAGGAGGGGACAGAACAGUGUUAUAGCAGGCUUUACACAUGGAUAACAGUAUGUACCGGUAUUCACAUUGCAUGUAGGAAGUGGACUGCAUAUUAAGACUUGUCAUAAGCAUUCAUAACAGCACAUGGCUCCUUAUAAGUGUAUGUCAUUGUUUACAUGCCUACAGAUGUAUGCAGAAUGAAUAACAACAUAGAAAGGGUUCCUACAUCCUUUACCUCCCGUUUUCUCUCCUCUCUCUCCCUCUCUCCUCUCCUCCCUCUCUCCCUCUCUCCUCUCCUCCCUCUCUCCCUCUCUCCUCUCUCUUCCUCUCUCCCUCUCUCCCUCUCUCUAUCUCUCCUCUCUCCCUCUCUCCUCUCUCCCUCUCUCCUCUCUCCUCUCAUCUCAAUUCAAAGGACUUUAUUGGCAUGGGGAAACAUAUGUUUACAUUGCCAAAGCAAGUGAAAUAGAUAAACAAUCAAAAUGAACAGUAAACAUUACACUCAAGUUUCAAAGGAAUAGACAUUUCGAAGGUCAUAUUAUGGCUAUGUGCAGUGUUAUAAUGAUGUAUAAAGUACAAAAUAAAUAAACAUAAAUAUAGGUUGUAUUUACAAUGGUGUUUGUUCUUCACUGGUUGCACUUUUCUUGUGGCAACAGGUCACAAAUCUUGCUGCUGUGAUGGCACUCUCUCUCUCUUCCCUCUCAUCCCUCUCCUCCCUCACUCUCUUCUCUCCCUCCCUCACUCUCUUUUCCCUCUCUCCUCCCUCACUCUUCUCUCUCCUCCCUUACGCUCUUCUCCCUCUCCUCUCUCCCAGGUAAGAUUCUGACAGAUGACUUUGCAGACAAGGAAGGUCUGGAGAUGGGUGAUGAGUACUUUGCUAACCUGGACCACAUAGAGAGUGUGGAGAACUUCAAGGAAGGGUAUGAGAGUGAGGCCCACUGCUCAGACAGCGACGGGAGCGGGGUGGACAUGUCCAGGCUGAAGAACCCCCCCUCCUCCUCCCUGGCUUUGCAGAACAAGCCCCUUCCCAAACCCCCCCAGAGAACCAAUGCUACCAACCCCGCCGGCAAAGGUGAGGGGUCACAGUUUAAUAGUCUAGAAAGAGUCUGGCUUUUACUUUUGACCAGAGCCAAAGUAGUGCACGUUAUAGGGAUUAUGGUGCCAUUUAGGACUCACCUAGAGUCUCAAAUAACACCAUUUACCGUUUUACGACAUCCUUCUCUCCAUCAGCGCGGGGUGCUGGUGGUGACUCCUCUAAGGAUGGGGAUAGUGAUGAGGAGUCGAACAACGACAAAAGUUCAGACGACACGUUUGUGAAGGACCCCUACUACAGCUCCAGCUCUGUGUGGAGGAGCUACACCACUCGCCGCCAGGCCAAGGGCGUCAAGGAAGGUGUGUGUGCACUUAACUUGAACCCACAGUUGUAAGGCUGGAACUGUAAUAAUGACAUGGCAGUAAGAAAUUAUGUUAAAGGCCCGGUGCAGUCAAAAAUGUGAUUUUCCUGUGUUUUAUAUAUAUUUCCACACUGAAGAGGUUGGAAUAAUACUGUGAAAUUGUGAAAAGGAUGAUAAUGCCCUUUUAGUGUAAGAGCUAUUUGAAAAGACCGCCUGAAAUGUCAGCCUGUUGUGGUGGGAUGGAGUUUUGUCCUGCUUGGUGACAUCACUGGGCAGUAAAUGAGUUAAUAAGAAAGAGUUCCAAACGUCUCUGCCAAUAACAGCUAGUUUUCUGUUUUCCCCUCCCCACUCGGCAGGAGCUACUGGGGAUCCUUAAUGAAUACAAAAAUACAAAUACUCCCAGACAGUCCUAGCAAGAUUCUUGCUUGAGAAAUUUCAAUUUUCUAGAAACAAUAUAUAGAUGUUUUUACUAUUUUCAUUGAAAACAAUCACAGUAAGGUACUUAAUUGUUACCCAGAUAUAUUUGAUAUUGAGAAAAACAGCUGCAUUUAACAUUUUUCCAUGUUGCAGUGUGAUCUAAAAUUAUAUUUAUAUUUUCUGUCACCUCCUCCCUCCCUCAUCCUGUCUCCCUCCCCCCAUCCAGGGAGCCAGGACAGUAAGGAUGGGAUGAGUGUGUCAGUGGGGGGAAAGGAAGACAGGAAGCCGCCCCCCAUGCCGGAGGAGAGUGGGAAGAGUAAAGUAGCAUCCUGGCUCACCAACCAACCCUCUACCUCCCAGGCCACCGUUAAGAUGGAGGGACUGAAGAUAGAGAAGAAGGUGAGAGAGAGGGGGAAGAGAGGAGUCCAUAUCCACCUCAGCUAUUUUGUGUAGAUCCUAUUACAUAUAUUAGGAGAAAUCGAUCAGCCUCGAUCUCUUGCUUUCAUCUCCUGGUGUUCUGAUUGGACACCCUCUCAUGUAAUGAUUGAUUCCUUCUCAUGUUUAUUAAUGAGUGAUUUGUGUUCCGGUGCUGUGAUUGGAUACUGAUACACCUUCUCAUGUGUUCUCUGUUCUAGGAGCCCGGAGACCACAAAAGGUACGUAAUGAAAGAUUGUGAAAUGUAAUUUCAACCUAUUUAACCCUGGCUUGGCUCUUUUAGGCCUGUGUUGCACAAUGUCAAAUGUACUUGGUAAAAUGUGCCAUAUGAAUAACAUUAGAUAACGUUGAGUGAGUCUGUAAGGUAAUUGUGUGUUUUUGCGCCCCCAGCGGUAACCAAUCGGUGAAGACGGAGGGAGUGAAGAGACAGGAUGUGAUGACGCUGUCGGACAGUGAUGACGUCCAGACCAUCAGCUCUGGAUCUGACGACAACAAGGAGAGAGAGAAACGCACACAGGGUGAGGGGGGGGGAAAUAGGGGGAGAACAGGAAGGCGGAAGGGAAAUGGGGGGGGAAUGGGGUGAGGGAAAGGCACGCAGGGUGAGGAGAGGAGGGAGAGAGGUAGGGGUUGAGGUGGCAGGGGGGAAGAAGAAGAAUGGGGGGAGGGGAAAACGCAUGCAAGGUGAGGAGAGGGGGAAUUUGGGGCGGUGGGUUCAUAGAUCUCUGUGCUUUAUAUCAGGUAUUGCCAGACCUGUUCUUGUGGUGCUUUUCCCUGAAUUGACCCUUCAUCCUCCUCUCCUCUUUCUCCUUGCCUCCUCUCCUCCCUCUCCUUGCCUCCUCUCCUCCCUCUCCUUGCCUCCUCUCCUCCUCUCCUUGCCUCCUGUCUCAGGUGCGGUGAAGAGGCAGGUGGCUGUGAAGUCCACGCGUGGCAUUGCCCUGAAGAACUCCCAUGGCCUGAUGGUUAAGACUGGAGGGGCUGGGAUAGGGCCAGGGGGAGGCCCGGGGGGCCACGGAGGGGCGCAGGGUAAGGGUGGGGACGCGGGAGACAGUGGACCUAAAAACACACGGCAGUUCUUCGAUGGCGAGGAGUCCUGCUACAUCAUUGACGCCAAGCUGGAGGGAAACCUGGGACGCUACCUCAACGUGAGUGUUACGUGUGUGUCAGAGUUUCCAUUAGCCGGUAAUAGCUGGCUUUUGUCCGAUUUUAAAUACAUAGAAAAGCCGAUAAAUAAAAUUGCCGCCGGCCAAUUAUCCGGGAGAAGAAAUAAUCCCAUUGCGAAAUAAUGCUUUUUAGCCUAUUCAUUGAUGGAAAUACCAGUCGAUGGAAAUACAUUUGACUGGUCAUGCUUAUCGGUCUAUAGGUACGUUUGCAUAAUUUAGUGAAAUGAAAUUGGCGCGUGUGUACAGUAUAUUCGUUAUGUAUUUUAUGUUUCACACGUGUACAGAGCCUUUGAGUGGAGAAUCUGUCAGACAGCAUAAGAGCUGCUGCUGCAGCAUCCUGUGGUGCUUUCAAGACAAGUGCGAACUCAAGGUCAAAUCAUGACGUCCGUGAUCUUCAGGUCGGGAAGUCGGAGCUCUAGAAAGAGGCCCGAGUUGGAUGACCUUUCGAAACGAUUUUUCCCAGUUGGAGCUACUUUUUUCUCCAGUUCCCAGUUGUCUUGAACGCACUGAAGUCUGGUCGGAGAUUUCCAAGUUCCCAGUUGUUUUGAACGCAGGUAUCAAACAGCAACGGAAGGCAGGCUUCAUCAGUGCGCCACACACCACUUUGCAAUGAACUGGAGGCAGUAUGCAUUUUAAAAACAUACUUAAUUGUUUGAAACCUGAAAGUUUUAAUACAUAUUAUGAGGCAUGUCUUACCUUGCUUCGAAGAAGCCUGUUAGAUCUCCUCUUUCUACAUUUCUAACUGAUAUUUUCAUCUCUGUCACAUGAAACUGCUCACAUAUGCAGUGCCCUUUUGACAAGUGUUUUACCACUAAUUACAUUAUUGAAUGAACAUUCACACGUAGCCUGCUGCCUUGUACACAUUGCUGCUCUUAUAAUGUGAAGCUAAACGUUCCUCAACUAUCGUCCCACAACUGUCCCAGAGUCUGUUUGUAUAGGCUAUUUCUUUCUCGACAAGCUGACCAAUAGAAUAGGUAGCCUAAACUUUUCUACUAUAGUAGAUUGACAUAGGAUAGUGUUGUUUGUUACUAGUCUUGUUGGCUGAGGAAAAUAAUGUGAAAUGUGUUCAAAGUGCACAUCAGAAUUUGGGAAGGACUGCAUAUCGUUGUAUCCUGGACUUUCAUGUUCUGUUAAUAUGAAUUAUCAUAUUCUAAAUGUGAUUUCUGUGAUUCUGAGCACCGUGGGUGGACGCCCUACUCAGGUUACGCACCCAAUGCAUACGGCGACACAUUUUCCUAACGGAAACCCUGGCGUGUGUUUAAUUAAGUGGAGUUAAAUGUAAUUUGACAAAGGGAAUUAAGCUCUCUCUCUUCUCUCCCUCUCAUCGCUCCUCCUUACAGCAUAGCUGCAGUGCUAACCUGUUUGUCCAGAAUGUGUUUGUAGACACACACGACCUGCGUUUCCCCUGGGUGGCCUUCUUCGCCAGCAAGUGAGUGUUCUGUGUUAGACAUGGUUACAUAGAUGUGGUAAGACCCUGUUACUCUGAUAAAGACAUGUAUUAUUUGAUGUGUGGUUUUGUGCUGAGCACUUGUGAAUGUUGACCACUUUUAAUAAUCUACUAACAUGUGUGUGUGCAGGCGUAUCCGGGCAGGGACAGAGUUGACGUGGGACUAUAACUACGAGGUUGGCAGUGUGGAGGGCAAGGAGCUGCUGUGCUGCUGUGGCUCAACGGAGUGCAGAGGAAGACUGCUAUAA